CUGUUGCUUUAACGUGCGAAGCAAGGUUCCCUAGGUUUUCUAAUUCGUUGGCGAUAUCAGUAUUCUUAAACGCUUAUCUUGUUCUUUAUUGCAUAAGAUACCAAUUGUGCUGUCUAGUUCCAUUGGGGGUUUCUCAGUAUGAAUGAUGGAAAUACUCAUAAUGAAUCUGAUCAAAGUGUGGUGGAGGAAAUUGAAGCUUUGAAAGCCAUAUUAUUUUCUGAAUUGGAUGUCACGUACACACAAAGUGGAAGGCCCCUGGAGCUUCAACAUACAUUAUACCCAUCUACAGCUGAUGAUGCCAAUCAGCAUUAUGUAUGUCUGACACUAGUCAUGAAAUUUCCACCAGAUUAUCCUGACCAACAACCAAUAAUAGCCUUGAAAAAUCCCCGAGGCCUUGGAGAUGAUUUUUUGGCCAAUGCUCUUAAAUUAUGCAAUGAAAAAUGUGCCCAUUUUUCUGGAAGCCCUGUUAUUUAUGAAAUCAUUGAGUUACUUCGUGAAUGUCUCACGAAUAGCAAUAGACCAACUGGGCAUUGCACUAUUUGCUUGUUUCACUUUCACUCGGAUGAUGUGUUCACCUAUACUCAAUGCUAUCACCAUUUCCAUUCACAUUGCCUGGCUCGUUUCUGUGAAAGUCUCCAAAUGCAAUGGAAAGAGGAAGAUGACCAAGAAGCUGUCAACAACCCCAGGGGCUCCAACUGGAAAGAGAAGAAACUGAAACAGUUUACUUGCCCAGUGUGCCGUGAAAUUAUUAAUGUCGAGUUAGCUGUGCUCAAACUAGCACCGCCUCCACAUGAAGUUGAAAAUUUCCAAGAAAAUUUCCCGAGGGAUUCCAAGUAUACUGCAUGGAGAAAAGAAAUGGAUAAAGAAUACCAAAGACAAAAAAUUAGAGGAGGCAUCAUAGAUAAAGAUAUGGAGGACAGUCGAUUCCUAGUUGUCACAGAAAAUACUUCUAUGAUGCCCUCAUCAAUACCUGUGGCUCAUUCAAUUCCAGCGGAGGAAGAAUCACAAUCACAGAAUCAACCACACAUCAAGGCAACUCCAAUGCAAGCUUCAGCAACAAUGAAACUUCCAGUAGCGAGUAAACCCGAGUGGUCUCGUUCGCAUCAGCGGAGACCUCCGCGAGGAAAAUGGCUUCGUUCGUCUGAAAAAAACAUGGAAGAACGUCCAAUGUCUGCUCAAAAUGUCGCACGCCCAUCGAAUCCUCCGAACCGGCAAAUGUCGACAGAAAAGCACAAUUCCCGAACUCGACUUCGUGCCGAAGAGCCGACUCAUCCCACCACGGCUCAUUCUAGUGAGACCCCUCCUUCGCGUCAAGCUCAUAUUCGUCCACCUCCCGGCUUCGCACCCAGAUGACUAAAGUGGAUACAGUCGGAGCUGCUUCCAGUUCGACAGACGAUACUAUUGCAGCACUGUAGAUAUCGUUUAUUGUUAUUAUCCGAUAUUUGGUGUAUCGGGAUUUGCUCCUCCUUUCGUUUUGGUUACUACCUGUUGGGAAAAGCCGAUUUUACCUAAAAAUAAAUGUCAUCGUUGUAUGCAGUAA